AUGCUCUCACAACUCUGGUCCCGCAUCAACCAGGACAACAUCCCGUGCCACUACCGCGCCGACCCUGCCUGGCGGUGCGAGACAUGGCUGUACCACUGCUGCCGGCACUACACGAACCCGAACUGCUGGCACUACUGGUACCCGGACAUGUUUGGCGCCUGGGACGACUGCGAGUUCGUCACGCCUGAGGCAUACUACUUCUUCGUUACGAAUGGCCCCGACCGCGUCAUGCUGCCGCUUCCCCCGGCCUCGCCUCCUUCUUCUCCCGGUCGCUCGGUGCGGCUCGCGUGCUGGCGCGCUCUCACGGGCAUAGGCCGGUCGGCGGUCAGGACGGCCCGUGUGUACUACUUGGGACGGGAGGUGGUCGAGCGACGGGAACGAGAAGCCAAGACUUGUGCACGGCGGCGCCAGAUUUCGGAGGACGAGGAACUGGUCAAGCGGAUGGUGGAGCUGGGAUUCUUGGGCUUGGGACUGUGGCGUCGCCGGUUGGAGGAUGAAGACGAAGAAUAUGAGGGAGAAUACGAGGAUGGAACGGGAAUUAGCGAGGACGACGACGACCAGGACGACGAGAGUGACAAUGUCGAUGUUGGUCAAGUAUUUCUGAACGAGAGAAAAAGUGUCAUGUCUUCGGUGAUGGAGGUGAUGGCCAGGGACGAUGCAGAACAAAACUCCGAACACUUUGUCGAAGAAAUUUUGACACUGUAG